CGCACCAGCUUACGACGAACAACGUCGGACGACGAACGAGCGAGGAAGAACACAGCCGCCGGACAUCGUCGCAGCAAACAGAGACGUCUGAAGGAGAGAAAGGUAUAUAGAGAGCCCAGCAUGUCACCCUUGCGCCUCCUUCGUAAGGACCCUCCCAACACUACACCUCCUCCCCUCAGCCUCCUCACCAUGUCCUCAAAGGAGGUCGAGGCUCAGCCCCUCUACCCCAAAGCAGUCUCUGCUCCGAGGAGUGCCAACAGAGCCAUCUGGACUCGUCCUCUGCUAGCUCUGAUAGGUAUCUGCCUCUGGUUCGGCCUGCGUGGAUCCUUCAACGAUACCUUGCAUCAGGCAACCAGCCUCCUGCAACCCAUACAAGGGCUCACUUCUGGGUCCGUCCUGCUGGCCAACAAGACGCUACCUGCAGAUGAGGACGUCGACUGGGCCAAGGUACCUCUGGGCAAGCUCACUGCCAUCAAGUGCUGGGACGAUGAGUUCGUAGACGCGCCUGGCACCCACUGCUACCGUAUGCAGGCACCUCUCAAUCACCUCAACAAGUCUGACACUCGUAGAGCCUCCCUCGCCGUCGUCAAGUACGAGGCAGGUGGUGGUAAGACGCCCCGCUCCAAGGUACUAGGCAGCGUCUUCUUCAACCCCGGUGGCCCCGGUGGAUCUGGAGUGGACUGGCUCAGGUCCUUCUCCAAUCGCGCCGGUGGGCCGCUAGUCAGCGGAGCCCAGUGGCUCGACGUUCUCCUGGAGUCAAAGUACGACAUCCUCGCUCACGACCCUAGGGGCGUCAAGACUACAUGGCCCAGAGCUGACUGCUGGCAAGACGAGACCCUUAAGCUCGUCGACGACAGCUUGCACCUCGGGGUAGACCUUUACCAAGCUUCUAGCGCUUCUCUUCCCAGAGAUGUCGCACACAACCGACUUCUUGCGAACCUCUGCAAAGACCGCAUCGGCGAUGAGCUGCAAUACGUUGGCACAGCUGCCACGGUCCGGGACCUCAGAAUGCUAUACAAGGCCGUCGGCGACAAGGCUCUCAACUUCAUUGGCGUCUCCUAUGGCACAGCUCUUGGCAGCUACUAUGCAGCCAUGUUCCCCAAGGAAGUCGGUCGUUUCUGGCUUGACGCCGUCGUGGAUGCCGAAUAUCAGCAAGGACUCUGGUUCGACAACUUGAUCGACUUCGAGGCUGUCCUGUCACAUUUCUGGUCUACAUGCGCACAGGCGGGUCCCGAGCUCUGUGCUCUUUCCGAGGCUCUGACUACAGAGUCAGACAGAGCGACCAAGGACAAGGGGGCGUCGGUCAUCUCGAAGAAGUUCUAUGAAGCUAUGGAGAGCAUCCGAGUUCAGCCCGUCGUCGUCAUGGACGUCGACUUCCCCCAGCUUCUGACCUACCUGUUCCUCAAGGGAGAGAUUUUCAGCACUAUGUAUGCGCCUUCAACCUGGCCACGUCUUGCUCAGCAGCUCGCUCCAGGUAUCAAGGAUGGCAAUUGGACGGCCUUUGUAGCUGCAAAUGGCCUGGGAGUGCAGGUGGCCGAGGCUGUCGACCCUCCAAGGAGGAAGCGAAGGCCUUCGAGCAACUACACGUCCCCAAUGGCUCAGACCGUCAUCAUGGGCUCGGAUGCUCUCGCCAACGAACAACAUUGGGAGGCCAAGGAGUACCGAACCCGCCUGCAUGACCUCCAGAAGAUAUCUCCCUUUGGAGCAGAGAUCUGGACCGGUAACGGCGCAAAGGCUGCAACGUGGCCCAUCGAUGCCAGCGAGCAGUUCGAUGGAUUCUUCAACACCACCCCUGCCACUCCCAUCCUCUUCGGCAGCAACGACUUCGACCCCGUCACCCCUCUGGCUUCCGCACGCAAGAUGGCCGCCUCUUUCAAGGGCAGCGCUCUUCUCCGCGUCUCUGGCGGUCUGGGCCACAGUACGAUCAGUCUCCCGAGCAAGUGUGCCUCCAAGACGGUAGCCGACUACUUUGUCCGAGGCGCACUACCCCUAGACCUAGAUGAACGUGGCGAAAAGGUCUGUCUGCUUGAUCGUCCUCCUUUCAUCCCUGCUGACGAGACCAAGGCUCGCACUGCCGCUCUUCAUGCCGCAAUUGCUGGCGAGACGGUAGAGGGAGAGGACUCUGUCGGACUCUUGUCCGAGGAGGCUCAUGUCGGUAUGGGCACGCAUCACGCCGACUGGAUCUCAUCUCACGGCCGACAUGAUCGUGCGCGACUUUGAUCGCAGAGAGUGUUCACAUUCGAAUCGUUGCCCCGUCAAAGCAUUGUUGACAAACUUCUUUAGAAAUUAAUGAUACUGUCCUUCCAUCUUUUAGCACAAGCUACAGGGCUACAGGGCCCCCAGCUUAAAGUCGUACCUCCUCUGCCCGUGCCGCCUCUCCUCCUCACUCAACAGUCUUGCCCGCCCUCCAUCCAUAGUAUGUACAUCCCUCUCGACGAAUGUCACCUCCCCGCUUUUCCUCACGAGGAGGAUCGUCGAGGUCCUAGUCCCGUACCACGCCUUACCUUUGCCCUUUGGAGGCGCCAUGCUGAAUGCAGGGACCAGGACGGUGCGUCGCAGGUCUGCUCGCUCUUGCACUUGGUCUAGACCGGGCGUGGCAAGCACUUGGAAGAGGGACUCGAUAAAGGCCUCUUCUGCUUC